AUGAGAGAUAAUAAUAGAGUACCAGUAGAGACUCCAUUGUUUUGGUGUCAUCAUUGUAAGAAGCAUAUUGAGAUUGUAGAUAGGGAACACUUGGUCUGUCCAGAUUGUAAUUCAGAGUUCAUCGAGGAGGUGGACCCAGAGGAGCGAAGACAACAACAACAGAGACAGCAACAGCAACAGCAACAACAACAGAGAUUACAUCAUCAACAACAUCAUCAGCAACAUCAACAGCAACAACAAAUGCAUGGUCAAUACCAGAGAUUGUUGAAUCCAUUCUUCCCUUUUCAAGACUUUGGCGGUGGCGGCGGUGGCGGUGUUGGCGUCGGAUCUCCAACGACAACAACAGUACACAGAACAGUGGUACAGCCUCGAGGCGGACAGAUCUCAUUCUCCUACAACUACCCAGGACCUGGCGGCAUCACCACGACUACAGGCACCACAACUUCAUCAUCCUCGUUGGGUGGCGGCGGUGGACCAUUGCAACAACCAGGCGAUCUAAAUGCAAUGCUUGCGUCGUUAUUUGGUACACCACUGCAAGGACAACCAGGCAUGCCACCAGUCGUCCAUGGUGGACAACCAGGCAUGCCACCAGACAUCCUUGGCCAGCAACAACCAGGUCAAGAGCGAGCAACAGACUUUGAUCAAAUAUUACUUCAACUUAUGAGAUCAAUGGGACUAUCACCAAACUUACUGGCAAUGGGUCCGAACGUCUUUCUCAAUCAACAACCAAACAUGGGAGGAUUAAACAUGGGCGACUACUACAUGGGCGAUAUGCAACAAUUGAUGAAUCAACUGUUUCAAGCUUCACAAAAGAAGGGAACACCUCCAGCCUCAAAGGAUGAGAUCAACAAACUGCACAAGGACAAGGUUAGCCAAGAUAUAGUGGACAAGAAGACUGAUUGUUCAGUGUGCAAGGAGGAGUUUGAGCUGGGACAAGACUACAUCGAGCUGCCUUGCACACACAUCUAUCAUCCCAGUUGUAUUUUACCAUGGUUGGAAGCUCACAACAGUUGUCCUGUGUGCAGAUAUGAAUUGAAGACCGAUGACAAGGACUAUGAGAAUGCCAAGCAACAGCAACAGCAACAACAACAACAACAGCAACAUAACCCAGACGACGAUGACAACCACCCACAUACGACUUCAACUACGUCGACUCAGAGUAGGAGCUAA